UGGUGGUGGAAGAAAACCACAAACAGAGUAAUAUUUCAUACUUAGGUUUCACACACAACAAUAGCCCCAAAGUUUUCCUCCUUUUUCCUCCUCCCAACUGAUUUAAAGCUCCAAACCCACCCUUUCUUUGUUUCAGUUCAACUUUACUUUAAUUUCUCUCCCUUGUUAGCUUCUUCUUCUUCUUCUUCAACAUGCCUUCAUCAGCUGCUCUGCAAUGGCUGAGCCUUGUGGGCAUGAUAUGGCUCCAAGCCAUAAAUGGCACAAACACUAACUUCCCUGCUUACUCUUCUCAGUUAAAGCUGCUUCUUUCCAUAUCCCAAUUACAGCUCAAUAACUUGGCCUUCGCUUCUGACGCCGGCAAACUUCUCGGCUGGUUUUCCGGCGUUGCCAUCGCAUACCUUCCUCUCUGGCUUGUCCUCAUCAUUGGCUCAACACUUGGGCUAAUAGGUUAUGGUCUGCAAUAUCUCUUCAUCACAAAUCAUAUCUCUUCUCUAUCCUACUGGCAUGUCUUCUUCCUCACUGUUCUUGCAGGCAAUAGCAUUUGCUGGAUUAACACUGUCUGCUAUGUUGUCACCAUCAGAAACUUCCCAUCUGAUCAUCGUCAAGUUGCUGUGGGAUUAUCAACUAGUUAUCAAGGAUUAAGUGCAAAGAUUUAUACCAAUAUAGUUGAAUCUGUUUCCCCACAUAAAAAGGCUAGAACUUUUCUGUUUCUCAACUCUGUCACACCUUUAAUAGUUAGUCUCAUGGCAGCUCCUUUGGUUAGAGAGAUUAAAACCACAAGAUCUGCACAUAUUGGUCUUGGGUUUAUGAUAAUGUUUGUGAUUACAAUUGGAACUGGGAUAUAUGCUGUCAUGACCAGUUUGCAAUUUGUGUCAGAAAAAUUGUCUCCAUUGAGCAGUCUGUUUGGGAUUCUAGUGACCCUUUUGCUUCCCUUGUUAGUUCCAGUUACAGAGAAGGUUAUGGAAUUAGUGGGAUCAUGGCAGAGAAACAGAGAAAGGCAAAGAGUGUACCAUUUUACUUCAGAAGAGAACACUAAUAAUGAAGUCAGAACAGAGGAUGAGGUAAAAGAUCAGGAGGAAGAAGAAGAAGAUCAUCAGAGCAGAGAAGAGAUUGGAGUGAAGUUGAUGUUGAGAAGAAUAGAUUUCUGGUUAUAUUUCUUUGUGUACUUUUUUGGUGCCACAAUUGGGCUGGUGUUUCUGAACAACUUGGGCCAGAUUGCAGAAUCAAGAGGCUGUUCUGGAACUUCAUCUCUGGUUUCGUUGUCGUCUUCUUUCAGUUUCUUCGGCCGUCUCAUGCCUUCUCUCUUGGAUUACUUCUACAGGGGAAAGUCUGCAAUAUCAAGACCAGCUUCAAUGGUGGCAUUAAUGGCGGCAAUAUCAGCAUCAUUCUUUCUACUUCUGAAUCAAAAAGACAUGUCUUUGUACACAAGCACAGCCAUAAUAGGAGUUUGCACUGGGGCCAUAACUUCCGUAGCAGUGUCCACAACCACAGAAUUAUUUGGCACAAAGAACUUCUCAGUGAAUCACAAUGUGGUUGUGGCUAACAUCCCCAUCGGUUCCUUCUUGUUCGGCAUAUCGGCGGCGAUCAUUUACAGGCGAGAAGGGGACGAGCUCGGAAAAUGCCUCGGCAUGGCAUGCUACAGAACGACCUUCAUUUUGUGGGGUUCGCUUUGUUGUUUAGGGACUGUCUUGGCCUUCAUUCUCCAUGCCAGAACUCGCAAAUUUUACUCGCUAAAGCGUUAAUUAAUUAAUAAUACACAUGGGAUUUUAAUUUA